GCAAAUCGCGGCAGAAGGCGGGACGCCCGGAAAGGGAAGCGAGUUGACUGAUCAACCCCAACAUUUCCACCUUCGCAUAAGCAGCCGGCUAGGAGAGCGCGCUGUCGGUUCAGACCAGCUAAAUCCACUCGCCUCAGCCCAAGCCGCCCCGCAACGUAGGCGAGCCGAAGGCCACCCGCUUCUUUUCGCCAGGCGAACCAGGCGUAGCUUUACAGCCGGCGACGUUGCCAUGUCCGCCAAUCUCGGCGGGGACUGGCGCGCCUUGGAAUGCGCGCUGCGCAACAGCCUCCAACACCUCCGGGAAAAGUGGGCGCAACGGGCGAGGUUGUGGGGAAACCCCGACUGCGCCGCGGGGAAGCAGGAGGAGGAAGCGAAGGAGGCAGUAGGGAUGGACGCGAGCCCGUCGAGCGCCCUGGAAACCCUGCCGAUAUGUGUGAAACUAUACAUUAUGUCCUUUCUCACGCCAAAAGAGCUGAUUUAUUUGGGGAGCACCAACCACUAUUGGAGAAUAACGGUCCAGGAUCCCUUGCUUUGGAGAUAUUUCCUCAUUCGGGAUCUUCCUUCUUGGAAUUCCAUAGAUUGUGAAUCCCUCCCAGAUGCAAAGAUAUUUAAUCAGCCUUUUGUGGAAUUAGAUGAUAUUAGCCCAUGCAAUUUCAUGGCAGCGUAUAAAAAAUGCUGUUCCUUCCAUAAAAGUUUUUUGAAACCCAAUAGGACUACAUAUAGCGCCAUGUCUUCUUUUCUACAGUCCCUGAUUACGCAGACAGAGCCAUGCUUUGCUAUGUUUGGGCCUGGUUUAGAAGAUCUGGAUCAAUCUUUGGUAUACACAAUGAUGUCAAGCCCAGACAUUCUGCCGCUAGCGGGCAUGCCUUCUAGACAAAUACAAGGAAUAGGCUCUGGAGUCACAUUUAAUUUGAAUGGCCAGAACUUUAACAUUCAGACACUGUAUUCAAAAACUAGAAAAGAAAGGCAAAGAGACAAAGCAGAUACAAAUUCCAUCAAUAAGAUGUUCUACGAAGUGAGCAACGUGGAUGGGACAACACAAUAUAAGCUAAUUGAACAUGUUCAGAAUGUGUGCAGGCUAGCUGAUGGAUUCAUCUAUGUUGCAGAUGCUGAGGACCAUAAAAGACACAAUCGCCAAAUUGAAUUUGCUCGGAUGUCAGCAAUGCUUGAUCCCACGCUUGGGCCUUUGGGCAGACCUCUGUUGGUUUUGUCUUGCAUUUCACGUGCUUCAAAGGAAAGGAUUCCUUGUGUUUACCUGGCACAUCAGCUACAACUAAACCUGUUGGACCGAGUGUGGAUGGUUCAGGACAUUGAAGCUGCCACACUGAUGGGACUGUUGGAUGGAAUUCAGUGGCUUCUGGAACAUGUCAAGCAUUAAAAUCCAUAAUACUCAAGUCAGUUCUAAUAAAAAAUUAUCUCACAUGG